AUGCAACUGUGCACUAAGUGGUGCAAUAGCGCACAUCAAAAGAAAAAGCAAAAGAAAAAGCAAAAGAAACGGAAGCCUAAGAUAUUGGAUCCUUUAGAAGAAGAGGAAAGAACUAAGAAAAUAGUUGCGAUCGAAAAGAAAAGGCAGGAUGUGAUAAACAUCGUGAAAAAAUCUUUAGCAAAGAGACUUGCCGAAAAAUUGGCUUUGCAAGAAUAUCGCUUUGAUAAGGAAGAAAGAACGAAAGCAAAAAUUAUUAGAGAUGCUAAUAAAUCGGAGAUUGAAAAACAAAUGGUCGAGAUUCGAGAAAGUAUGAGUACCAUUGUCGAGGCUGGUAUAAAAUGUAUUUACACAUCGGUGAUCCUACCGAAAAAGAUAAAAUACGAUGGAAAAAAUACAUUAACUAUCAAAGAAGUCAAAUAUAAGUUGAAGAAUAAUUUACACAUUGUUGGAUGGGGUAAAGAAGCUGUUACCAUGAGUUCGGCAUUUGAAAGGAUCGUUGGAAAACAAUUGAAAAAAGGAUGGAUGGUAGUUCCUCGUAGAUCGGUGUUUAUGAUGUGGAGUUUUCCCGAAGCAUUUCCUAAGCUCGAUAGUCGUAUCACUUACGUCGAAGCUGGGACCGAUGGGUACCCAGACGAUAAAGCAAUCGAAAUUACUAAAAAAAUUCUCGAUUAUUGCAAGAAGUUAAAGAAAAGGGACAUUUUAAUAGUUAUGUUAUCACAUAAUGUCGACGAUCUUUUAUGUUGUCCGAAAGAAACGAUUACAUUGAAAGAUAAGCUUAGGUUAUUGGAAAGAUUGGAACGGUUAAGUGCAACUUCGGAAGAAAUCAAUAUAGUGAGAAAUAAAUUGUCUGCGAUAAGAGGUGGUGAUCUAGCUCGUACAGCGUAUCCAGCUAAAAUCAUUAUCUUGAUCACGUCAGAUGUAUCGGAUGAACCGAUGGCCCUUAUUGGAGGUGGUCCGUGUACUUACGAUCCCAAGGGUGAGAAAGCACUCGCCAUAUUGACCAAGUACAAUCUGAUCGGUAAAGUCUCUCAAAGCAUUCGAGAGUUAAUACAAGAGACGAUACCAAGGGAAACCGCAGCGGAUGGGCAAUUGAACGAGGAACAGAAAUACAAAUUCGUUCAGUCUUACGUGAUAGCUUGCAAUGCCGAUGCUAUGGAGUGUAUGGCUGCUACGACCUACACCUAUGGUUUAUUACCCGUUAAACUUCACUCUGUUUGUUCCGGUACGGUUGAAGAAUUCGCAAGGGAAUACGUUAAAAUGGCCUCAUUGAUGAUACUCGCAGUAGAAGGAAAGAUCAACAAAUUCGAGAUGUUCGAAAUGAUGAAAGAUAGUACAAUCUGUUCAUUGACCGAUCUAAAAGUUAUCGAGAUAUUUCCUUCGAAGGAAGAAUGGGCUUUAGGAUUGUGUCUUUUGUUUGGAGGUAGACCAACCGUUGAUCUUCGAUCGGAUAAAGGAAAAGGUGGUCCCAAUCAAGAACUUGCUCUUUACUUUGCACGAUAUUGGCACUUGCGUACGAAACAGUAUCCAAUUUUGAGAAUGUACACCGUCUGGUUUCUCGGUGGAAGUUCUUAUGGUCGAGAUGGUAAUACGGAUGCAGCCGGUGCCUUUGGCUACAAGAACCUCUAUACCGACAUUUAUCCCGAAUAUACGAAAGUCAACGAUAAGUAUAGGACAGCUUACCUCAACUGGAUCAAUCUUAUCGAGAGAAUGGCUAGCGAUGCCGAAAUAUUCGAUGCACGUGUUAUAGUAAACGAUUUAGAUAAACUAAGAAAAGCUUAUGCUGCCAUUCUCCCAGAUAAGGUUUUGAGUGAAAACAAUUCGAAUUUGCUUUUGCAAAGUGUUAACGACGGCGACGAACUUUUCGAAUUAAAAACUGGAAAUGAUUAUACAUUCACAAACGUCGGUAACGUUUACGUAAUACGAAUCGUACGAUUUCAAUGUAAUUGCGAUGGUCGUUGUCACAUGACCAAAAACAAAUCAUGCAAAGACGAAAAAUGUCCAGUUAAUCGAACGAAAUCAAUCGACGUUGACGUUGAAAUACCUUUGCAGCAGCUUUGCGGUAAAAUUGGUCGACCGAAAAAUCAAGAAUUAUUUUCUUAA